AUGUCGGGCGUACUACACGGAGCGCGUGCGGCCCUGCACCUCCCGCGCUCGCUGCCCGCCCGCGCGAUGAGCAGCUUCGGCUACAGCGACCUCCCGGCCCUCCCGCUGUCCGCCCCCUCGCCACACAGCGAGGGCGGCGCCUUCGCAGCGCGCGUCGCCGCCGUCGAGGCGUUCUUCGCGCUCCCCCGCUUCGCAGGCCUCAAGCGGCCGUACUCCGCCGCGGACGUCGCCUCCAAGCAGGGCUCGCUCCCGCCGCUCCCGCUCCCGUCUGCGCUCACUGCGGACAAGCUGUGGCGGCUGUUCGGGGAGAGGAGCAAGGAGGGGAGGCCGGUGCAUACGAUGGGCGCGGUGGACCCCGUGCAGAUGACCCAGAUGGCGAGGUGGCAGGAGGUCGUGUAUGUGAGCGGGUGGGCGUGCAGCAGCUUGCUGACCACUGGCAGCAACGAAGUUGGCCCGGAUUUGGGGGACUACCCGUAUACGACAGUGCCUAACCAGGUCGAGCGGAUAUUCCGUGCUCAGCUGCACCAUGACCGCAAGCACUACGAUGAGCGCAUACAAAUUGGUGCGGAGGCACGGGCGAAGACACCUUACGUUGACUACCUUCGACCUAUUAUCGCAGAUGCAGACAUGGGGCACGGGGGCCAGUCAACCGUCCUGAAGCUCACGAAGCUCUUCGCCGAAGCGGGCGCCUCCGCGAUCCACUUCGAAGACCAACUCGUCGGGGGCAAGAAGUGCGGGCACCUCGGGGGCAAAGUGCUCGUCCCGACGUCCACACACAUCUCGCGGCUCGUCGCGGCGCGCUUCCAGCUCGACCUCCUCCAGCACCCGAUGCUCCUCAUCGCGCGCACAGACGCGGAGUCCGCCCGGCUCAUCUCGAGCACCGUCGACGUGCGCGACCACCCGCACAUCCUCGGCGUCGCCGCGGAGAGCAGGGGCGAGCGCCGCGCGCUCGCGGAGGCCGUCGAGGAGGCGGAGGCGCGAGGGGCGGGCGCAGCGGAAGUGGGCAGGAUCGAGAGCGAGUGGUUGGAGCGGAACAAGCUGGUCACGUUCGACGAGGCUGUCGAGCAGGCUGUUCAGCGGAGCAGCAUCCAGGACAAAGAGGGCGCCCUCCGAGGAUACAGGGCCGCGGUGGAUGGCAAGUCGAACGCGGACGCGCGCGACAUCGCUAAGGACAUCCUCGGCGAGCCCGUCUUCUUCGACUGGGACCUGCCCAAGACGCGCGAAGGCUACUACCACUUCACGGGCGGCAUCGAGGCGGCGAUCAAGCGCGAGCUCGCGUUCGCGCCCUACGCGGACAUGAUGUGGCUCGAGACGAAGCAGCCCGACCUCGAGCAGGCGCGCGGGUUUGCGCGCCGGAUCCGCGAGCAGUUCCCUGGCAAAUGGUUCGUGUAUAACCUGAGCCCGAGCUUCAACUGGUCCGCACAGGGCUUCUCAGACGAAGCCCUCAAGAACUUCGUCUGGGACCUCGGCAAGGAAGGCUUCGUCCUCCAACUCAUCUCCCUCGCGGGCCUGCACCUCAACGCCACCGCGACGGCCGAGCUUGCGGAGCGCUACUCGGCGGACGGGAUGCUCGCGUACGUCGAGCUCGUGCAGCGCAAGGAGAAGGCGCUCGGCUGCGACGUGCUCACCCACCAGAAGUGGAGCGGUGCGAACUACAUCGACCGCAUCCUCACGACGCUUUCCGCCGGGUCGUCCAGCACGUCUGCUGUUGGCAAAGACUCGACGGAGCACACCUUCUGA